AUGGGGAUACUGCUAUUAUUUGCUGUCUUGAAUGUGGUGACAGUCGGUUUGGUGACUGCGGGCUGUCCAGUGGUGUGCGAGUGUCCGGCGGGUCCCCCAUCAUGUCCCCCGGGGGUCAGCUCAGUCCCGGAUGGCUGCGGCUGCUGCAAAGUGUGCGCCGCCCAGCUCAACCAGGACUGCCACGAAGGACACCCCUGCGACCACCAUAAGGGUCUGGAGUGCAACUACGGCAAUGAUGUCGGCCGUACCCAUGGCAUCUGCAGGGCGAAGGCAGAGGGCCGCUCCUGUGAAUACAACGGGCGAAUUUAUCAAAACGGUGAGAAUUUCCGGGCUGGUUGCAAGCACCAGUGCACCUGCAUCGAUGGAGCGGUGGGCUGCGUGCCCCUUUGCCCCAGCCAUGUGCCCCUGGCUUCCCCUUCCUGUCCCGCCCCUCAGCUGGUCAAGGUGCCAGGCCAGUGCUGCCUCAGCAUCGACUGCCACAAGGGAACAACCGUCGUCCCCCCGGCACACCGGCGACCCCAACCUCCAGUUUACCCGCCUUACCCCUUCAUUCCGUAUCCGGCCUACCCUUACCCAAAACCUUAUCCGAAACCUUAUCGGAAGCUGUACCCUUACAAACCCAAAAAGGAGAAGGACACCAUGGGCAACGAGCUGGUGGAAGUGGGGCGCAAGUGGGACAAGCCACGUGGACACAACAAGCACCUGGCAGCGUGGAGGCAGGUGGGAGAUCAGUGCGUGGUUCAGACUACUUCCUGGUCCCAGUGUUCUCGGAGCUGCGGGAUGGGCGUUUCCUCUCGUGUUACCAAUGACAAUGCCAGGUGUAAGCUGAUCAAGGAGACACGCCUGUGCAACAUUCGGCCCUGCAGCUCCAUGUCUAUCCCUGUCAAGAAAGGAAGGAAGUGCUCUCGUACCCAUAAGGCCCCUGAGCCACACCGUCUGUCCUACGCUGGCUGCAGGAGCACUCGCCUGUACAGGCCCAACUACUGCGGUGUGUGUCGGGAUGGCCGCUGCUGCUCACCCCGUCGCACGCGCACCGCCAACGUGAACUUCGCCUGCCCUGAUGGAGAACGCUUCAACAGGUCCGUGAUGUUCAUCCAGUCCUGCAAGUGCAGUGACGAGUGCAACCACCUCAAUGAGGCCGCCAUGCCUCCGCAGCGAUGGCUCUAUGGAGACACACACAAGUUCAUCGACUAGUGGUAUUAUCCCCCCAACCUACAUUCC